GGAUCCUUAAUGGUCUUUUACACUGACCGACCUUCCGGUCCAAUGUCUUGAUGACAAGAUCUUGAAGAGUUUGUGAGUCCUACCAAUAUCUGUCUGUGGACCGGACCUUGCCGACCCCUGAAGUAUACCACGACGAAUUAAAAAACUGAUCGACCGCUCAUGGUGGCACGAGCGCUCUCUCAACACCUUCACUAUGAAGAACAAAUUUGCCUGGCUAGCCGAGGUCCACGGGUAGUAUUAUUUGGUAGAUUCAUAGUAUACAGGUAGACAGAAUAUUUUUGUGAUGCUGCAUAGACAUAGAAAAUAGCUAAAAAUAUGAAGAUCUUAAUACUUCAAAAAAUAGUACAUAUCUAGAUAAUUGGAGAUUGUUGGAGCACAAUACAAACCGAUCUCAACUAUAGUAGAAUUUACAUCCAGUUGAAUUGACGCAUGCAAAACGAGAUCGACUUCACACCCUCCGGUUCUGAUUCUUAUUCUAAGCGCUGGUGUAAUAUAUUGCCAUGCUCCAAACACUCCCAUCAUUCUCAAGCUGCCGGACAUCAUUUGUUCAAGUUCCUGGGAGCGCCACACGGGGCCGCUGGGACUGACGUUCAAGUCUAGCAGCAACAGCACACAACAAAAUCGGGGAGUGCUGUCGACCACCUCCUGUGCCACCUGUGCCCGAAAAGGACGGCAGCAAAAAGGUAACCCGCCAAGCACACCAACAUCACCGACUACUCUGCAGAGCACGGAGAGUCUCAGACACAGCGUGCGAUACCUGGCGCGUGAGACAGUCCAACCAGCCCAACGAUGCCGAAACUUCACGCUCGGAGCGUGCACAGAGCUCCCACCCCAAAAAAUUAAGAAAAAAAAACACACACACACAGCAGACCCCCGCCGAACCAACAGCGAGCAAGCGAGCGCGCGAACCACCUCAGCCGAACCACGCUGUCGUCUAAAGAAAGUGAAAAGUGGUUUUUCUCAUUCAUUGAAGGCGUGCGGCAGCAGGAAAAGUAAACUACGUCAGAUUGGCAUAGUUCGUCGGUACGGUAACAUCGUGCGUCGUGCGGGUUCUGGUGUUUUUGGCUGUGCGUCGAUCGGAGCGGUGCGGUCGGAGAACGUUACGCCCCGGUAGAAUCGUUAACAGGAACCGUGUUUAACAUCAAGUGCAGUGUGGGCGUGUGUGCGUGCGUGUGUGUGUGUGUGUAGAGAUGUGCUGAGCGUCUGUUCACGUGCCACCCGGACCAAUAUACCCCGGUAUACCCUGGUCCACCGGAGGACCGAAGCGUCCUGCCAGUGGAACAGUAUAGCCGAAUUCUGGUGUUGCGGAUGCACGUGCGAGCUGUAAAAGAUUUAAGUUCAUCCGGUAGUCAGUGGUAGGAUCGCCUAACAGAACGAUCCUGAUUGUUGAAAACGCAUCUCCGAGUGCCGGUGUGGUAAGUGCACGUCCACCAGGAAAAGGCAUCACGCCGCGAACCGUUUUGCGUCGGCAGCGACCAGCAAUCAGGAAGGUUAUGCAACCCGGCUUAAAGCGAGCGAACUCAACCUGUGUGCGAUGUGUUACUACCGGUUCACCUGUGUCCUGCUGGUCGUCAUUGCUUCCCGAGUGGACGGUGACAGCAGGUCGUCCAAAUCCACAAUCAGCCACCAUCAAUCAGCGUCCAGCGAUGAGUCGUUCACCCCGCUGGCACUGUUCGGUGGCAAUCUGUUUCCUGCGGACGUUCCCACCGAUGAGCAGGUUUUCGACCCAACGCUACCGGUACCGGAAAAACAAGUUUUAGAGUUAGGCAACCUGCGCCCGGACAUCGAGGCAACUUCCGUGAGUAGCCGGAACGGCGGCAGCAGCAGCAGCAGCAGAUCUCAGGCCCAGUCGGACGUUGAACAUCAUCCGGCGGCCCAAAAAAUCUAUCCCACCUUUUUCCGCAAUAUCCCACCGUUGGGCCACUCCCGGCCCUACUACCAAUCGACGGAGGCGGCCAUCGAGCAGCGGUUUAACAAGCUGCGCACCGGCGUACCGACCGCACCGGAAAUCGCUUCCUCGCCCCUGCUCGGUUCGGGCGAUUUCGGCAUUAUCAAGGGUGGCACAUUCUAUUACGACACGGACGUACCGGGCAAGGGUUUCGUGGACGAUUUCUACGGCCUUGGUUACAGUGGCAACAAUGGGCACGGUCGGCCCCAGCUAGCGUACCUCGUGCAGAAACCACAGAAGGAGGAACAGUUCUCCAAUUUCCGUGACUUUGCGGACAUUAACAUCUCGAACGAUCCGGCCUACUCGCAUCAUGCCCCACGGUACGUGGAGAUGCAUGGUGCAGGUGGUGUUGGGCAACCGCUACCCGGUAUCCGUUCGACCCUGGCACCGGCCACAGUACCUGAAACCGUCAGCCCAGCCGGUACGCUGAAACGCGAACCGGAUAACAUACUGGACGAGCUGCGCUCGCUAGACGAGCCGCCGAGCCCGAACGGCAAAAGCCGACCACGGAUGCAGGAGGACAAAGCGAAAAAGGAAACGCUUUACGAGCGGAAAAAGCGACCAAAGGUGAUGAAGACUGGCACCAAGAGUACGGCCACGGAACAGCCGGAGGGGGAAGAUUAUAUGGUGGCAGCUAGCUAAACUAGUAGUCGCUCUCGGUGGUGGACCAAACCAGUCGGUCCUCCUACAAACAGCUUUCAGUGGGCGGCGACUCAUUACAGCAAUGAUGUCCUGCCGUACCUGCGGAGUAGUUGAUGGCAAACACUGGGCUUACAUGAUAGCCUGGUUCAUUAGUAAUUUUCUUAUUUUUUGUUUGCAAGCGUUACAACAGUUUUUUUUUUUUGGACUUUGUUUACUCCACUACCAUUACAUCCUCAUCAAGGUGGUACGGCAAAGUAAACAUACGCUCACCUUUCGUCUUCACUCACGUUACCCAUCAUUAGCUCAUCAUUAGCAUCGUCGUGUAGUUACGUUUUCAUUUUGAAACAAAAACGUCAUCGCACUGUCAAUCAAGCGACAUCCUGGCUGGUGUACAUCACCCGCCACUAGAAGAAUUCCAGUAGCGUACAGCUACUGCCCUUACCUACCGCUUCCGUUCAGGCCCAAUUCCCAGCUCACAAUGGCGAUCGGGCGUUAGAGCAAAACCUGUAACCACACGCUGUAGUUACCAUCCCUGCAAGCUGGUCUCCCGAUUUUUUGUUUAAACAUGGCGGCUAGUUGGCGUAGGCGUAGGCAGUCGACAGACAGAUAAUGGUUCCCAGGGUGUGAACAGUAUAGCUGUGGGAAGUAUCUUCCUGAACGAAGCAAAUGCAAACCAACAAAAAACCUGUGUGCUCCAACAUGACAUUGUUGAAUAAAAAAGUUUUACCCUAAAGUAA